ACCAUGGAUUCCAACACCACCUUCACCCGGCCGUACGACGAUUCGUUGAUUCGAGAAUUACCCCAGCUCCAGAGUCUCCGCAUAGCUCCUCUCCGUCAGCCCGUCUCGCGGUUGCUGAGUGUGCCUGCGCCGCUGGAGCCGAAUGCCAGCCGGGUCCGCGAGGCCACCGCUGCUCCCACGCCCACUAGCUCGGCGGGCAUUCUGCCUGGCCCCCGGAACAAUGAUUCCGUGGCCGCCAUUCCCGCCGAGCGUCUGAAGAAGACUGAUCCCUCCGUGGACUCGCUCCUUAGCCUCGAGCCCCCGCCGCCCAAGCCCAUUCUUCCCGCCUUUGUGAAUCCCCGUUCUCUAGAACGGUUCCCUUAUUCAUCGUUCGACGAUGAUGCCCAUCAUUCCCGCAAGCGGCGCCGGGUCGGCGUGCACGCCGAGACCUUCGCCGAGCAUCUGCAGCUGCCCAUCCCGCAGGCUCAGAAGGAACAGCGCCCGCCCCCGUUCGGGCCCUUUGCGAUCCUGAAUGGGCUCAACGAGCCUCCCCCCAAUGCCGCUCUUCUGCCGCCCAUCGAAGCUGGCUCGAGCAUCGCGCAGCUGCUGACUAAACCCUCCCGGGACAGCUCGGUCGUCGAGCCGGCGUCGCUGACCACUUCCUUUGGGGAGGGUCCGACAGGCGAAAGACGAGAGGGCAGGAUCGAGGAUAUUCUGGCCUCCCCCAUUGCCACGAAGACGGCCCCGAGCGACCGCGGUGGCGCUGUGGCCGUCGGACUACGAGACGACCCGGUCGCCGCGAACCGGCCGCCAUGCGACAAGACCGACGACGGGGAGUCGGGCGACAAGAAGUCAUCCUCCGCUGACGAGAACGAGGAGCCCAUAUCCCCCAAGACCCGGGGCCGUUCUCGUAAGAACCUUCGCAAGUGGACAGAGGAGGAAACCACGGCUCUGCUACGUGGGGUGGUCAAGUGCGGCAUUGGGAACUGGACGGCGAUCCUGGCUCAGCCGGAGCUGAAGUUCAACAAGCGCAGCGCUUCCAACUUGAAAGAUAGGUAUGGUGGAUGUACUAUGGAAGCGAGAUUCAGGGUGUCGACUAAACACACAUCUAGGUUCCGCGUGUGUUGUCCCUGGGCCUACCGGGCUGCCGACCCGAACGAAGCCACGCGGCAAUUGCACGACACUCUGGCCAAUGCCCUCUCGCGGGCCGAGACGGAAGGAUCUGAUGGCACAGCCGGGAAGAUUCACUUGCCGCAUCCCCGACCAGCCAAUGCGGAGUCGCUCUCGGUAGGGAACAGCGUGACGGUGGGCUUGAAUGAGCCAUCCUCCGGCAGUAGCGGCAGCAGCUCUUCGAACACCAAGGAGCCCGCUCUGAAGUCCACCAGCUCCAAGCCGAACUCCACGGUGAAGGCAACUCCUACGCUAACCAGCAAAUCCAAAUCGACCUUGGCGUCCCUGGGGAUCCCGGAACCACACUUUGCCAUGAAAUCCCGGCGUCGUUCCCGACGGCCCUUCACCGUGGCCGAGGACGAAGCUCUGCUCAAAGGGUAUGCGGUGCAUGGGUUCCAAUGGACACUAAUUCAGCAGGACACACGGCUGGGCCUCGGCCAUCGCAGGGCCACGGACCUGCGCGAUCGGUUCCGGACCAAAUUCCCGCACGCGUACCGCGACGGAGGCUCCGUGAGCGGUCGAACCCUCCAUGACCAGGGCAAGGAGACUUCCGACGCGCGAGAUGACAAGGACGGCACGAGCUCGGGCAGUAAGCAGGGAGCGCCACCUUCCAAACCCCCAGAAACACGAUCCGAUCUUCCAGGCCAGUCCACCCUAGCACCCAUCGACCCUGCUCUCUCCCCGCCUGCUCCGCCCCAGGGUCUACUAGAAAGCUCAUCCACUGCAGCCGCAGCUGCAACCGCCCCGGCACCGGCCCCCGGCUCCGCAUUCCCCUUCCCCUUGGACGAAAACACCGGGACUAGUGAUAACACGUCAUGGACGGACAAUACAUUGGCGCCGAUGGUGUGGGAUGAGAUCGGAUAG